ACUAUAUUUAAGAAGAUGUUACUAAGAAACGUUUCGUAGCCUUUUUGACUCGCAUUUUCUCUCUUAUUGCAUAACUGUUAAAUCCAAAAAAUUUACAGUCUCUCCCCCUUUCGUUCGUAUUCUUCUCCCGUAACAAAGAGAAAUGAAAAGCCGAGAGACAAAGGUAAAGUACACGGUUCACCGGAAAAUCACCUCCAUAACGGAAAAACCCUUAACCGGUUUCCCCAAAGUUGUCAAAAUCACAGUGACUGACCCAUGUGCCACCGAUUCCUCCAGCGACGAAGAAAACGACAAAACGAUGGCUCCGGCGACGACGACUAGGGUGAAGCGUUACGUGGAAGAGAUUAGGUUCUGCGAUGAGGACGGAGCUGCGAAACGCGAAAAACCGGCGAGAAAAGCGACGAACAAGGCGGCGGAGAACGGUGGUGAUGGAUCGGUGAAGCCAGUGAAGUAUAGAGGAGUGAGGCAGCGACCAUGGGGGAAAUACGCGGCGGAGAUUCGUGAUCCUAAGACUCGUACUCGAAUCUGGCUCGGCACGUUUGCGACGGCGGAGGAAGCUGCCAUGGGUUACGACAGAGCCGCGAUUCAACUCAAAGGUCAUAACGCGCAGACGAAUUUUCUCACUCCUCCUUCUAAUCUCCCGGAAACGCCGGUAAUCGACCUUGAAACUGUCUCCGGUUGCGAUUCGGCGAGAGAAUCUCUAACCAACCUCUGUUCUCCGACUUCUGUUCUCCGGUUUAAUAGCAACGAAGAAACAGAGUACAUAAUAGAGCCCGUCAAACUCGAGUCAAAGGCCGUCGACGAAGAAACUCCGGCGAGUUCUUCGUUAUCUGAUCCGUUUUUCUUGCCUGAUCUGUUUCGCGCCGGAGACUGUUUCUGGGAUUCCGAAAUUGCCCCUGACCCUUUGUUUCUAGACGAAAUCCAGUCGUUACAGACCAACAACACAAUCACUAGUAAGGAUCCGACUUUGUCGGAGAGCUUUCCGCUAAGCGUGAUCGGAGAUUUAAGCUCUUGUUCAUGGGAUGUCGAUGAGUUUUUCCAAGAUCAUUUGUUGGAUUGAGAGUAAGUUCCUUCUCCGGAAUUUUCUUUUUUCGGGUUUGUUUUUUUCGAGUGAUGAGUGUUUUGAUGAUAACGACGGGGAUGUAUCUGGGCCGUCCGUUUUUUCUCUCCCCGUUCGACGAACGUGGACGGCUCCGAUCUGCUGAAGAAGAAGCGUAACGGAUUCUUAUUUUCAUAUUGGGAAUUUUAAUUUAUUAUUGCGAGUAAAUAUAGUAUUAGAUUUUAAGAUGUGAGAGUGAGAGUUUUUUUAGAGGUUUUUAAAUUGGGGAUUUUGGGAGGUUUCUUUGUUGUUUUCAUUUAUCUCCGAGUCUGUCACUAUGCAAGGAAGCAGUAUAUUGACCGUAUAUUAUUAAA